AUACACGGUUAAAACGUUUGCUUUUUCAACUUACAACUGUUGGUAGCAACAAAGUUAUUCACCUCUAAUGUACUGACCAUGAUUAUGGUAUGUCUAAUAACACGAUACUGUAAAGGCAUCACAUGAUUUGCUUCCCAUUAUGGUUAACCUUACAAUAUUUGCGUGAAUGAUCAACAGUUAUUUUUAUACGCUGCGGAAAAUGUUAAUAAUUACUUAGCAAAGUAAUAUCUGUCUUGCGUCAAAGAAACCGAUAAUUGGAUCUUGUGUAACUUGUUUUUGCAAUAAUUUUGUGUCCUGCUCUGUAUUCAUAACGACUUGUUUGUUUGCUGUCAAAAAUUAAUGACCCGUUUUAGGUAUGCAGAUACAGAUAUAGAUAAAUUAUAGAAAGUAUAUUCUGUACACAGUACACCUUUAUAGAGUCGCUGUAGUGCUGAUCACAUUUGCAGCCGAGUACUGUUGACGUACCGGAAAUUAUUAACAUCAUUGACUGUUUAACUUUGCCUUGCAUUUAGCCGGUACUGCAUAGUCUGGACGCUUAGAAUAAUGAGGAAGCUUCUACUGUAUUUAAUGCCAGGAAUAAUGGCAAUCAUUGGCGCCUCAAGCCAAGUGUAUUGCCCAGAUAUCCCAGCGAAUCCACCAGGACAGCCGUUUGAUCCUUUGAAGGUGGCUGGAAUCUGGUAUGAGUAUACGUACCGCAAUGGCCCGAUCGGAAAUGACCCGGCAGCUACCAACGUCAUGAUGAACGUCACUAUUCUCGGACCCAGUCCUAAUCCUCCUGCUGGCUCUUCCUAUUACGUCACAUGGAUAUACAACUUCUUUUUCCAUAUUCCAACACCGAAGGAUCCCUUGAUGUGCCUGGCCUUUCCCCAGCAGGGAAACAUCUCAACGGACGGAACCCGGCAUGUACUUGUGCAGCGAGGCGGUGCUAACGCAACGCUAAUGAACUUCACUUACAUCAGCCUGUUUACGGACUACAACCUGGUACAGCUGUGGUAUCAGUGCAACUCGACUAACCCGGACGGUAUUCGUUGCGAUCAGCCGUUCUUAUGGACCUACACCAGGAUCAAGCCGCCUCUACUCACGGCUGACCAGAAAACCUACAUUGAAAAUUUAGCAAAUCAGUAUUUUCCCAAAGUCUGUCGAAGUUUUAAAGAUAUGGAUAUGACAACGUGGGAUCUGUACACCCAAUUUCCGACGUGCAAUACCGGCGCCAACAAUGUACCGCCGUUGUCACCCAUAUUUCUGGCGUCCAUGCCGAAUCUCAAUGCAACCGGCUAAAUUGCGACUGACACACAUUAACUAUUAAUAAAUCAUAUUUGUUUUGAAACUGUUAUUUAAAGCAGUGUUGGGUUCUAAAAUGCGCACUAUAUCAAACAUUUUUUUACUUUGGAUUGUUUCACUUUUAUAA